AUGAGACACCUUUCAGCACUUGUUGCCCUGGACAUCGCCAAAGCCUACGACAGUGUCAUACAUGCUGUGCUCCUCCAGAGGCUUCUAGACACCGCCACCCCUCCGUAUCUGCUCACUUGGAUUGCGAACUUUCUCUCGGGUCGUACCUCUUUCUGUUCAGACGGCCGAUUUGUCUCCUCAGCCUACCCCCGGAGUAGAGGCGUCCCCCAGGGCUCGGUCCUGUCCCCCAUACUGUUUAACAUUCUCAUGAGCUCUCUCCCUUGUGACCCUGAAGUCCUCACCAUAACGUAUGCCGACGACAUCGCGUUCUUCGCUUCAGCACCAUCUUUGCCAGAGCUGUAUGCGAAGUUACAAGCCUAUAUGAACACCUUGUCCACGUGGUUAGAUUCUAUCCAUCUGUCGCUCAACGUGGCUCAGUCUGCUAUCCUGGUCUUCCCGCUGGAUGUGGCCAUCUCUAUUGAUCUCAGGGUGGGGCUCCAGUCUGUCCGUCAGGUGACCCAGCUAAAAUACCUGGGUGUGUGGUAUGACGAAACUCUGUGCUGGUCCCAACACAUCGACCACUUGAGCGCCAAGGCGCCGAAAGCUCUCAGCGUACUUCAUCGAUGCUGCAGCCCUCGCAUUGUUGGUCCUCGCCGGGAUGCACCCUUGGUUCAGGUCUCCGAGAUAUUUCAUGCGGAUGCCAAGCGUCUUCCACUGAUGACUCUACAGAGGACACUAACGGACCACCUAAAUCGCUACGCGCAGUACCUGAUCGUUGCAACGGACGCGUCGCUUUCUGAGGAGCGUGCUGAAGCUGGCUUGUUUUUCCCACAACUUUGUUUCCAGUUUCCGGUUCGCCUCCCUGACUUUACCCCACCCUUUGACAGCGAGUUCUUAACUAUGGCCCUUGCCCUUAGGAGGGUUCCUCCUGCCUUCGAACAAGUUCUCUUGCAGUCGGACUCCCUAUCCCUCAUUUCAGCCUUAGCGUCGCCCACAGGUUUCCUGUCGUCCUCAGAGUCAUUGGCGUCCAUUUUGGUACGUCUUGCCACGCCUCAUCUUCGCAAAGCCAUCAUCACGUGGUUUCCUGGUUACCGCGGACUCACCCUUAACGAAACCGCUGACACCCUCGCUACAAUGUCCCUCUCCGGAUAG